AUAUAUAAAGACAUAACAAAAAUGUGGCACAAAAGACGCAAACAGCAUUUAGUGACAACUAAACUACCGGUGCUUAACAAUCAAAUCGAUUGUCAUCUAACUGCCCGACAUUGGACAAUCUCAUCAUCAUUAUUAUUAUUAUUGACAUCAAUGAUGACGGCCAUCACUAUAAUAGGUGCCACCAGUAGUGGUACUGGUGGUGGUAGUAGUAGUAGCAGCAGUAGCAGUGGUAGUAGUGGGGGUCACUGUCCCGAUCAAUGUGAAUGCAAAUGGUCUAACGGCAAGGAGACUGUCAAUUGUGAUAAAUCGCUGAAUGGUAUACCCGUUGGCAUUCCCAGUACGACACAAGUAUUAAACUUGACGGGCAUCCAUAUAGCCGUACUGCCGGCCCAAGUGUUUCGCGAGCGUCGAUUAAUUAAUGUACAGAAACUUUUUAUGGCUAAAUGUAAAUUAGGAGAGAUAUCUGAUGAAGCAUUUCUUCAGUUAACUAAUUUAGUUGAACUGGAUUUGUGUGACAACUCAUUAGACACUAUACCGACACUGAGUCUGCAAAAGUGCAAAUCUAUACGCAAACUAUCACUUUGUAUGAAUGCCAUACGUUUUGUACGGAUAGACAGUUUUGCGAGCUUACAAUCGCUAGUGUCGAUAGACUUGUCUCAGUGCCAAAUAGAUACAGUCGAGUCCAAUGCCUUCCACGAUCUCCAUGAGCUGCGAUCGCUAAAACUGAACGCCAAUCGACUGCACAGUCUAUCCGGUUCGGCGUUGACCGGUCUGCAGGUGUUGCACGCCCUGGAUCUACACCAAAACCCGUGGCACUGUGAUUGUCAGCUGAGACACACUGUCCAGUGGCUACAGCACAAUGGUAUACCCCAAUCGGUAUGGCCUAUAUGUCAAUCACCGCACCGACUACAAGGCCAUUACUGGAAUGCAUUAAAUAUUGAUGAGUUUUCGUGUGCACCGGUAUUUCACACGCAAAAGACUAAUUUUCAUACAAAUAUCGGCCAAAAUAUAACCAUCUAUUGUACAGCCAGUGGCUAUCCAUUGCCAGGCAUACACUGGAAGCUCGGUGUCGACUAUAGCUCUGUCGACUAUAGUUCCUCUACUACUACUACUACUACUACUACUACCGCCAGCACCAGCAUUACAGCAAACAACCGUAUGAUGACACGAGAGCACCGUAACAACGCCAGCAAACAGCAUACCAGUGACGAUAGCCAACGAUUUUUCAUUGAAACGGUGGCCGUCAACGAAACAUUUGUUUCGUCUUAUAUUACUAUUAAUGAUCUCCGGGUAUACGAUACACAACAACUAAUCUGUUUGGCCGCCAAUAAGGGUGGUUCCGCUUACAAGAACUUUACAAUAGCUGUCAGUUCGCAACCGUAUACCAGUUCGUCGAUGGCUUAUAAUAUGAGUACAUUUCACAUUACAUGCUACGCUACGGGUGCCAUAAUUGCUGUACUACUGGUGCUUAUACUACUAUUGAUGCCAUUUAUCCGAACUAAAAGACGACGCUCUGUACGACAUUCAUCAACGGUGUCGCCGUCAAAGUUGGGCGCCAUUGAUAUAUUACAAAACAUCAAGUGUUCCGAUGAGGACAUGGGGAUGAAAACACUGUAUACUAAUAAGCCUGAAAUUGCACUGAUAUCCGAUAUUAUCAAAGAUACCACUGACCUAAAGCCUUACCGAUUUUCUGGUGGCAUCGAUCCACUGACAGCACCCGAUGUAACUAAUUUUGGGUGCCAUUACUCCAACGCUCAAACAGUAACACUGUCAGCGCCUACGCCUAACCAUUCAUCAAUGAUCAGCACCAGUAUGUCAUUUGACACGUUCAGACAUCAUCAUAAUCACACUCCACAACCAAUGCUAGCAUUACUCGACUCCAAUAGUGAACAAAAAUAUUUAUAUAAUAACAGCUCUAAUAGUGUACAACAACAGGCAUACGGCAGUCGUUUUCAUUAUCAAAAGCUCAAUACAUUUAGUCCAUUGGCGACCAAAACUCUGGCUAACGGAGCGCUGACAGACUGCCAGAAAUUAGUCGUCCCUUUAAGUGCUAAUAAUAGUCGAGUGGAUGUCAUGAGUGGUGGGUCCUCCACAACAACGACGGCAAUAACUACAGUUGCCAUCACUGACAUGCCAUCCGCAGCACAGGAACACCAACAGCAACAGCAGUGUCUACUAAAGCCCUACUUAAGUCACUCUCAAUCGCAUUGUCUUGAAUUAGACAAAGAGCUGGUGGGAGCUGUGGGAACGGUAGUAGUCGGUGGCGAUGUAAACUCAGCGCAAAGUAUACUUAAUGCCAGUAAUAAUGUCUCAGUGACACAAGUCUAA